CAUUUCGAUAUAAUACUGGACAUCGGUUCGGGUUCGGGAAAUGUGACCGAAAUACUGGCCGAUCGGGUAAAACACCGGCAAAUCAUAGGCGUAGACAUCGACCAGAAAAUGAUUGACUUCUCGAUACAAAACAAUACUAAACCGUCGAUUGAUUUCAUUGCCGAAGACAUGAGUAAACCGUGGGAUGAGUUGAGCGCCGGUUUGCGAGCACUCGAGGGAAAGGUGUCUCUCGUGUUCUCCAACUCCACUCUAAUGAUGAUCCAAAACAAGUCAACACUUGUCCACAAUUUGCACCGACUUAUGGCCGCCAAUAGCUAUGCUUUCAUAUCUUAUGUCUUAACACACGAUUUGAAUGCAAAACUAUCGCCGAAAGAGAGGUCUGAAUGCGAAAAGUGGAUAAAAAUACCCGAAUAUAAGCAACAAGUGGUCAAUUGGACGCAAGUGUUCACUAAACAGGGACACCUUUCCCUCGAGUGCUCGCAAACCGGCGCUCAACUCAUCCCACGGUUUACUCAUGUCUUCGGCAAUAAAAUCAAUCGACGGUUUAGUAUUGUUUUGUAUCGAGAAGUCAAUCAUUUUCUGGUCGAUGUCUACGCCUAUGAUUUGCCGGUGUUUUACCCGAUCGGCCAGUAUUUCGGUCACAUUUCCCGAACCCGAACCGAUGUCCAGUAUUAUAUCGAAAUGGCUAUAAGUUUAUUGCAUUAA